CCCAGUUACGAUGGCAGUAAACAUGUGCCAGCUAUGCCGACGCGAUAUACGCCCAAUCAUAUGGAGUCGGCAUCCGCACAACAACAACUCACCGCUAGCAACAGCAAUUUACGCGCACGUCCUACCGCCGCUAUAGCGCGUCCCCAUUCGGCCGACUUUUUGGAAUACGAAGCGCGCGCCGAAUCAGCAGCAGCAGCAGCUGCAGCCUUAGGCUCUGGUAAUCAAACAGCCGCAAUAAAACCGGAUGCAUUGCGCGCACCACGCCCAAAAUCAUCGUUGGACAUCAAUCGCACACCAGAUAGCUUCUACUACUCGGAGGCGAGCUACGCGGAGAAAAUGCGCAAAAGUGCGCUCUAUUUGCAGCAUCCACAGUCUGGUGGCAACGCAGCGAGUGCACAGCCGCAGCAAGCUGGCGGAUAUCGCACCGCCAACGAUUUCCUUAGCGGCGCAGGCAGCGGUAUGCAUACAAUCGGCUAUGAAAAUCCCUACGAACGCGCCUUUAAGCGCGGCGAGCAGUUACACGACGGCCAAGGUGCCGCCAGCAUGCCGCGCAUGAGCCGCAGCAAUACAACGACCACUAUGAACACAAGCGGCUUGGCGCAUCUGCGAUCGCAAUCACUGCAUCCGCAAUCGCAGGCGUUGCUCUCGCCACAGUCCCAGCAGCCACCUCCGCCGCAAAAGCCUGUCUAUACGCCAACCAUGUCGACGCAGCAGAUCAUCCAGCAAAGCGAGCAAUUCUUGCGCUCGGCAAGUGCACGCCUGCCCAAGCGCAGCGGCGGUUUCGAUGAUGACUACAACAGCGCGGCGGCCACUUUAUCGCCCCAGCAGCAGCAGCAACAGCAGCAGAUGCAAGCAUUGCAACAGCAAAUGCAGUCACAAAAUACACAACAACAACAGCAGCAACAUCAGCCAACAGCACAGGACGGCGAACGCAAGCGUGAAGAGUCAAUGAAACGUUUGCUAGAGUGGAAGCAGCGCAUGUUGCAGUCACCGUUGACGCGCAAGGGCAUGCAGCAAGGGGGCAAUAAUAUGUCCGCCAUGUCGAAGCUCGGCAGCAAUCCGAAUAUACUGCUCGCCUCGACGACGGUGGCGAGCGGCGCGCAUUAUGCCGCCUCCAAUGCAAGCGGCGGCGGCAACAGCAGCGGCAAUGCGGGUGGUGGUGUUGCGGCAGCUUGCGCUGUUGGUGGGAGUGGCGGUGGCGUAUCGGCGACUGUUGGUGGCGGUAGCUUAGUGGGUGGUAGCUUGGUCGGCGGAGUAGGCGGCAUUCAACGCAGUCGCUCAGAGGUGCAUGCGAACCUGGGCCCAGCUGGCUACAAUAGUUACUCAUCAGAUGACGAAGAAUGCCCAAAACCCCUGUCUGAUGGAGACAACACAAACGGCAGGCCGGCAGGAAGGUCCACCACCACUACCACCACCAUCACAACCACAAGUACUAUUACUACCUCUACUACUACUACCACUACCACUACUUUAAGUACCACUACAAAUGCCAGCACUGCUGCCAGUGCUGUUAGCCACCAAACCGCCACAACAAAAACAAAUGUUUCUGCAUUUGUUGGCCAAACAAUCGAGGCUAGUAAUAAAUGCAACAUAGCAACAAAGUCAACAAUUGCAUUUUCUGAAACAAAUACACACACUACUGUACCCACACCCAUACAUACGAACUCACUGUUACGCCCUACAAAGACUGCCAAAGCGUUGGCCGGGCAAUUGACACCGCAACGAAGUGACACGACCGACGCACAAAAAGCGACAGCGACAGCGACAGAGACAGCGACAGCGACAGCGGCGUGCGAGAGCAACAAACCUAAUAAUAUUGCCGCCCCAACCGCAACAACGACAACAUCAACAGCAUCUACAAAAGCGCAUACUGGCUCAGUAGCACUCAAACCUAUACUCAAAUGCACUGAUAGCAGCACUAAGACGACCGACACGGCGCAUGAGCAACAAGCAAUUACUAUGUCGCCAGUGCAACGCGCCAAAUUGCAACUGAAUAUGGCGGCACUUAAGGACAAAGCACCGACGACGAUGCGAGACGCAACAAUGGCUGAUAUGCCUGAUGAAGUGCCCAUACUUCCGAAGAAGCCGGCGCCGAAAUCACCGCAAAUUACCACUUACACACCCGUCUACACGACAAAGACGCUCACAGCGUCACCGCCGAAGACAUAUGAAAAUGUGGAAUUUAUUGCCAGCCGAGUAGUCGAGGAUGUUCCGGCAGAUACCGAAGUGGCAAGUAAUACAUCAGCCAUCGAUGUGGAGGAAACCGUCGGCGUUAAAGAUAAUUACACUGGUAAUGAUGCGACUCAGAUGACAGGCGAUGCAAAGCUGCCGCUUCUCGUCACCCCUGUGACCAAAGCAGCGCCACCGAAGAGCAUAAAUGAGCAGGAGACACCAAUGUUGGCGCAAUUACGUGUUUAUCAAAGAAUACAAGAGGCUAAUUUAAAUGCGGAGAAGCCGAAAACAGAAGAAGUAAGUGAAGAGGUAGGGGCGGAAGAAAUUGAGAGAUCUCAGGUAACUCGAGCCAGCGCCGCGGAUGUUAUUGCUCAUGAGGCCAAAGAUGAAGCUGAAGAUGAUGACGAUACGCCUGGUGAGGAAUACACUGACGACGAUCUCGAUGAAGCUUUGGCAGAGGAGGUCGAUGAGGCAGAAGCUGGAAAUGAAUUGGCUGCCAAUGAAAAACAGAUGACGCAAAGCCGAGAUGAACUAACAGCAAAAACCGAAGCUCCUGCUCAAGAAACGCAUGAAUCGAAAAAACCAGCGGCACCGGAGUUGAAACCGAUUGUCACAGACGAACCCCGCACUCCAUUUAUCCCCGCGCUGAUGUUCGAUGAAAGCCACUACCUGCCCAUGACGCCGAAGAAAAGCGAUUUGGCGCAAAGCGGAAAUUUUACACUCAUCAGCACGCAUGACUCCACUGCGGCGGAUGAGAGCCCCUAUGUGGAAAUGUGCAAAAAUCUUAUAGACGAAGACUCCAAAUCUAACUAUGAAAUUAUGUGCAUAAACCCUCAUGCUGGGCCAGCAUUAACAAGCGCUGCAAAGCUUAAACAGUCAGUAGAACAAUCCGAGCCUGUCUAUAUGGAAUUGUGUGGUGCCAACAGCGGCAUUGUCGAAGACAUAAGCUGCUCAGCCGCACCACAGGUCAACCCCAACCCAGAGCCCCCGGCCCAACCAUUAACCGCCGAUGAGCUGCAUAGCUCCUCUGGUAAAUCCACGUUGAAAAAGAGUAAAAAAUCCGCCGAUACACUAAAGAAGAAAGCGAAAAAGUCGACCACCGAACGCUCGCAAUGCAAGCGCAAAGAUCUGCCGGACAUACUCAAGCAAUCACAAGGCACAAUGACGCACGUGUCUGAUAGCUCCGAUGCCGACGAUGAGUCGACUAAGCACAGUGAUCUCAAGAAAAUGCGCUCGCGUACGCGCUUCAGCUUAUCGGACACCUUCCGACCAGCUUCCUACUAUCUGGGGGCAUCCACGCCACUUGCUGAUUGCGCAGAGAGUUCGGAUAGCGAGAUUGUAUCGCCACCACCCAUACCAGCCUCACCGCCGCCCAUGGAAACCUUGAAAACAGAGGAGAUAUUCUCUUCCGAACACUACGAUACGGUGAAAAGACGCGACAGCAGCAGCGGAAGCGCCACGAAAAUCAACAUCUCGUACGAACAAAUACCAAAGCUGCAUGCAAGCAACACUUCGCUGAAUAGACAAAAGGCAGAAACAACUUUGAAGAGUAGUCGCUUGUCACUGCCCGAUCAGUUCUCGAAGCACCGCAGCUCCGGCCAUUUUAAAACGCCACACGCAAGUGUCCUUCUUAAGCAUCACGAGCGCACCCUCUCCGACUCGAACUACAGCUUCCAAACUGACAACAGUUCGAACAACUCCUCCGACUUCGAUUUCUAUAAUAAACUCAAGCAGAACUCACCAUCGUACGUUGCCACGCCAGGUCGCUAUCAAUCCAACAGCUCCCUGCCGCAAAAGUUCGUACUAAAUGCCACAACGCCCGCUGGUGAUAGCAGCGAAACCGAUUCGGCAGUGGAGUUCCGACACCGCCAAGGAUCGGACUCCGAACUGGAACGACAAAGAUCACGCCGCCCACUUUCAGAAGAGUCCAUUAGUGAGAUUGAAUCAUUGCGGGAAAAAUUCGAGGAAACUUUAACUCACGAUUUGGAUACCUACCUGAGCCAUUUGCAGUCGAACGACUUAUACCUCUAUCAGAACACAUUACUGGACGCGCCGCUUCGUAUGGGCUCAACAGAUUUGCUAACGAAGCUCAUAAAACCGCCAGAGACAUUCCGCAACAAGGACGACGAGCAUUUUUAUGGUAACAUUCGCUUUGUUUCCUCCACAGAUUCGUUGCAGCGAUUGGGCGGCGAUAAUCGUGAGAACUCCGGAACAGUUGCGGGUGCAAGCUGCCAAACGCCCACUUCCAGCGGUCAUGACCACGAUAACUCGAAAUACUACACGCCCUUGCACAGCCGGAACAACAGCAACAUCUCCGACAAAUCAGCGCCCUACUACUACUCCGAAUUGAACAGUAGCCGCGAGUUGCUCGCUACACCCACAGCACCACUGAACAAUCAGCGCGAUGUGCACGCUCAUGGCUCGAAUAUAGCGCACAUUCACAAUCCCAUCGAAGGACAUGCCAUUUCUAAUAUAAAUGUGGACUUGCUAGCCGACAAGGAUCGGGCAAUCGACAGCAAAAAUUUGUACAAAAUGAAGACGAACAUCGAAAAAUUGAGCUACCGCUCCGGCAAAAUAUUGAAUGCCGGGGACAUUAUGCAACCCAGCACAUCGGCUGCUGCCGCCUUCGUCUCAUCCACAUCAGCGGGCGUCUACGAUUAUCAACGGCGGCAUGCGCAUGCCACCAAAUUGAGUAAUUUCCAACAGACUAACCUACUUCAUACGCACACUGAACUUACGCCAUCCAUUUCCAUGUCGCCAGCCAUGAAUCGCACGCCCAUAGCGUCAUCACAAACGCAUUCCCCCUAUCCUACAUACAGCGCUGCCAUUGGUGUUCACGUCGCCGGCGGCGGUGCCAUGAAAGUCACAAAUAUGCAACAACAGCAGCUUAGUCGUAGUAAUAUUGUCGGUGUAGUGGCUCAUCCGCGCCAUGUUAUUGCCGGUGAAGGUAGCGAUAUAGACAUGGUGGCGUCACUUGACAGCCAACCGCCCACUAACACUAACCUGAUAGCGGCACAAGCCGCCGAGCGCACGCACACAAAUAACGCAACAAAAUUCUCAGUUCCAGGUGCAACAGUAACCGGUGAACUGCUGUGGGAGGAAGACACGCUGUGGCGCGAAAGUUUGCGACGCGUUUCCCAACGCCAUGCGCGCUCACUUGACGACCUCGAUCGCAUUGCGGCCAGCCCGACAGCGUUGAUGAGACGCGAACUGCAUGCGGCAGAUCGAACGACUAGCAAAACAAAGAUCACGCGUGACGUUACCUACGUCAAUGACAAUGUAUCACAUCAGAUGCGCGCCGCUUACAAACCGCGGUUGAGUGAGCCGCUCAGCCGCCCUGGGGCAAGGGGACUGGGCGACAUGCCAACGCAUGCGGAUGAGGACGAUCGCCUCAAUGAAAAUGACGUGUACGUGCAGCUGUUAGAGGAUCACACACCAAGUGAUGAUCACAACUCGGAUGUGUACGAGGUGCUGCGCGCCGACAGUGGUUCCAAUCUGUCGCACAAAUCGGCAGAGAUCGACCGCGAAACGAUACGCCAAUGGGACUCGAUGUCCAGCGGCUUGAUGAAGCAUUCGGGCAGUAAUAGCAACUCGGAGAAUGACAACCCAUGUGGCAGUGAGAGUCUGACGAGUGUUGGCAGCACGGUGCGCGCCAUUAUGGAGCAACUGAAUGUAAGCUGCGACGACAGCGACAAUGUUGCGCAUACGCCCACAGCGUCAAUUUCGGUGCGGAAUGUACGCAAUUUACCCAAAGGCAACCUCACCGUAAAACCAGAUCCUUCGGAUGCACACAAUCCUCUGCAGCAGCAGCAGCAGCAUCUACAACAACAAAAGCACUUAGUACAAGGCAAUUAUGAUCAAGCGUUGGGCAAACUUACGAAUUCCUACUAUGGCACAGCGCACGAUACGAAAUACGCGAAGACAACAACACUCACGGAUCGAAGUGGCAGUCAUGGCAUAGGAGGUGUUUAUGGCAGCAGCGGACUACUUUCGGGUGGCAACAGCAUAUUGGCCUCCUCCACGCCACUGCAUCCCAGCGUGAAUGGCGGCGACUAUUAUGGUGGUGUUGGUAGUGCGGCUGCUGGUGGUGGGAGCUUAUGGCAAGGCCAACAGCGACAACAACAACAACAACAACAAUAUCAAGCAGCAGCAGCAGCAGCAUAUCCGCUGAGACGCGUGGAGAGUCGCGCUGAAAUCGAUAUGUUGGAACGUGAGACCAGCACACAGAUGAGGAAUCGUUUACGCACUGCGGAGGGUCUGACACGCGCCGAGAGCAUACAGCGCUUGGAUUACCUGAAGCAACAUCUGCUCGAUCUGGAGCGCCAGUAUGAGAAGAGCAAGCCGCUAGUCAACCUGGUGGACAAUAUGGUGAAGCUGGGUUCACUUUAUCGCAACAACGACAUAAACGGCCGACAGCCGCAACGCAACGAGGCCGUUACACUCGAUCGACUCGAAUUCAAUCAGCGCAUACAAGAGCGACGCAUGCUGCAAGAGGAGCAGAAGCAAUGGGAUCGACUCAGUCCCAAUCACAGCGAAUUGCAGUCCAAGGUCAAUCAACUCUACCAACUCGAUCAGCUGCUGCAAGAGGAAUCUGGCACUUUGCAAAAUUUGCAGCGCGACAAAGAGGAAUUGGAGCGCGCCUUGGGCGGCUUGCGAGCACGCAUACAGGACACUUCCGGGCCGCCGUUGGCGCUCGAGGCGGCCAAAAAACAACAGCACAUGCUGGAACGUGAACUGUCGCGUGUGCAUCAGCUUUUGGCAGAGAACUCAAAGAAAUUAGAGCAGACCGUAGCAGGUAAUGCACGUCUCGAGCAAGAAUUGAUUGUGUUGCGCCAGAAACUACAGGCCUCCCGCGGUGCUCGCGGCUCCCAAGGGGCACUCACAAACGGCGCCACAGAUAGCUUUGCCAGCAACACAACCGCCAUGCUGGAGUCUGAACUGAAGCGCGUGCAAACACUCGUAGGCGACAUGCAGCGACAGCGGCAGGAGCUGAGUUCGGCCGUACGUCAGUUGACGGAGAACUCCAGUCGCCUGUACCAGGAGAUCGGCAAUAAGGAGAAUAUCGCCGCAAGCGGAGCGCCUGACACGCCACAGAAGAAACGCACAAACUCCGCCUCGUGGCAGGAAACCGAUCUGGAUUCGAUGCUGAGCAUCACUCAUACGAUGGACGACGAUGCUACGAUCAACUUGUCGACGCCUUUGUAUGUGGACACCAAAUUGAACGACUACAACCACAGCGAUGAUAUGCAACGUUUGAUGGUCGAAAAUGGCGGAGUUGGUGGCGCUUAUCGCUACAAUGAUGUCAGCGACAAUUUGGAGACAAGUGGAGUAGACAGCGAUGGUUUUUUGGAAUCAAAUCCCUUUGCGAACCUCUCCAAUCAAGAGAAGCAGGAGAUCAAAACGGUGCGCAUAGUGAAGCGUGAGUCGGAGCGACGACAUCGCGAUCGCAGUGAACGCAGUGGCCUAAGCAGCUCAACGCAGAAUCUCGAUCAGGUGCUGGAGGAGGAGCAACAGCUGAUGAGUAGUAAUGCUAUUAGUGGCGUUAGCGGGGUCAGCGGUGUCGGUGGCGGCGGCGCAAGCGGCGUUGGCUACCAGCACAUGAACGGCACAGCCAGUGAUUAUCAAAGCAGCGUGCGGUCGAAGUCAUUGCCGCGCAGCUACAAUGAGCCACCAACAAGCGGCAAGGUGCGACACCAUCACCACCAGAGUAGCAAGCAUAGCAGCAAGCAAAAUGGGCAUCAUGGCAGCGGCAACAAGCCGGAUGAUUACUACGGCAGAAACUACGAUAAGAACAGUAACUAUGCUAGCUACCAGCUGAGCAAUGGUGGUGCCGGCAGCGGCAGAAGUGGUGCUGAGCGACGCGAGCAUCUGAACCCACUGGCCAAUGCAUACUUCGCCAAGCAGCUACAACAACAGCAGCAACACCAUCACGGUCAUAGCCGUGAAUCAUCACAGCACGCGUUGCGCCAGAAAACCGACUCGAUGCAGAGCUUGAACAAGAGCCUCACCGAUUUGAGUCCUGACCCUGUGUUCCAGAGCGAAGCGGCGCGGCAAAUUAUCAACGAACUGUCGGCCGGCUCGGCGUCGGAGGACAACACAGAGAAGGUGGUGGAGAAAGUGCCAUCGCAGCAUAAGCAUCGACGUGCGGUGCCACGUGAGAAGCGACGCCACUACACGGCGCCCAAUAAUGUCAAUGUGAAGGCGAUGGAGAAUGUGCAGGCAGAAAAUGAUAUGAAUCGCAAUAACACUAACUGGCGGGCUCGUGAUGAUCUGGAUAUGGAUUUGGCAUUACGGCCACGCAUGAAUGCUCCAGAUGUGGUACGAUCCGCUUUGGGACAUGGCGAGAAAAUCUCGGAGAACACAAUCGAUAAUUUGCUGUUGGCUCCGAAUAAGAUCGUUAUACCGGAGCGCUACAUUCCGGAAAAGACACCAGAGCUAUCACCUGAAGAAAAGAAGCGCCGCCAAGAAAAGGUGGAAUCCAUCAAAAAAAUGUUAGCCGAGGCGCCCAUUAGUUCGGCAAACGACACAACUGUCAGCCUACCACCGAGCAAAAUCAAUGCGGAAAAGAAACAACGUGAGCAUUUAUUACAACUCAAUCAAAUUUUGGCACAACAAGUCAUGCAAAUGAGCAAAAUCGUAGCUGACAUUCCCUUAAAACUAUUGCUGCUCACUUUGACGCUAGCCGCGGGCAUCGCAUGCACAGUAGGCAAUGAGCAACCGGCACGCAUUGUCUGCUACUUCAGCAACUGGGCUGUGUAUCGCCCCGGACUGGGGCGCUAUGGUCUCGAAGAUGUGCCUGCUGAUUUGUGUACGCAUUUGGUCUACUCAUUUAUUGGUUUGAACGACAAGAGCUGGGAUGUGUUGGUAAUCGAUCCCGAAUUGGAUGUAGAACAAGGUGGCUUUCGAAAAUUCACGCAACUGAAACAGCAGCAUCCACAGCUGAAGCUUAUGGUGGCUGUUGGAGGUUGGGCUGAGGGUGGUUCGAAAUAUUCACAAAUGGUGGCGGUGCGUGAGCGGCGGCUGAGUUUCAUACGCAGCGUUGUACAGUUCAUGAAGGAAUACAACUUUGAUGGUUUCGACUUGGACUGGGAGUACCCAGGUGCCACGGAUCGUGGUGGCACUUUCGGUGAUAAGGACAAGUUUUUAUAUUUUGUGGAGGAGCUGCGACGAGCGUUCGAUCGUGAGGGCCGCGGUUGGGAAAUAACAAUGGCUGUACCGGUGGCGAAAUUCAGACUUCAAGAGGGCUAUCAUGUACCCGAGUUGUGCGAGCAGCUAGACGCUAUACAUGCGAUGACCUAUGACUUGCGCGGCAAUUGGGCCGGAUUUGCGGAUGUGCACAGUCCGCUUUAUAAACGCAAACACGACCAGUGGGCUUAUGAGAAACUAAAUGUGAAUGACGGCCUUGCAUUGUGGGAAGAAAUGGGUUGUCCUGCAAACAAAUUAGUUGUUGGCGUGCCAUUCUAUGGCCGCACCUACACACUCAGUAGCUCCAACAAGAACUAUAAUAUGGGCACUUAUAUCAACAAAGAGGCAGGUGGUGGAGCGCCAGGUCCUUACACUAACGCUAGUGGAUUCCUCGCCUACUAUGAAAUCUGUACAGAAGUACAAGACGCAGCGAACGGUUGGACUGUCCAGUGGGAUGACCACGGUAUGGUGCCCUACACCUACAAGGACACACAAUGGGUGGGCUAUGAGAACGAGAAGUCGGUACAAAUCAAAAUGGACUUCAUCAAGCAAAGGGGCUAUGCUGGCGCUAUGACCUGGGCCAUCGACAUGGAUGAUUUCCAUGGUUUGUGUGGACGCGAGAAUGCGCUGAUGCAAAUUCUCUACGACAAUAUGCACGAUUACAUGGUGCCAGAGCCGACGCGCGAGACGACACCGCGGCCCGAGUGGGCUAAACCGCCAGCGACGCCGCCGAAUCCCGAUGAGGCCAGCUUAAUGUCACAAGAUGUCACAACGAAGAGGCCGCACCCGAGCACAAUACAAACAACAACAACACCGACGACGACGACGACGACAACGUCGACGAAACGGCCACUCGCCGACGAAACCACAACGACCAAGAAACCCUCAAAGGGUUCUAAGAAACCCAAACCACGACCAAAGCCAAGGCCAACCGUUGCAACUGCAACAACAACCGAAAUACCAACUACGACCAGCAAUGAAGCUGGUGAAUUGGAGAUUUUAGAACCCAAGCCAGAGGUCAUUAGCACAACAGGGGGUAAUCAAGUGCCCGACAUUGACUGUACGAAUAAGGAUUUUAUACCGCAUGCAAACUGUCAAAAGUACUAUCGCUGCGUGCAUGGCGAGCCAGUCGAAUUUGAGUGCAAGGAGGGCACAGCUUUCCAUACAAUUUUGAAUGUCUGCGAUUGGAUUGAGAACAGUGACCGUUAUUACUGCACCAAAACAAAGAAGAAGGCAUUGACCAACGAGGCAAAAUAAUUUUUGAUUUAUUUAAUGGAAUCAAGUACAGAAAAAAAGUAUUUACUUUGUAGUUUAAUAGAAUUUAUAAGUUAAGAAUUCGAAUAUAUGUUUCUCCUAUUUAAGUCGAUCGAGUGUAUGGUUUUAUAUGAUUUUUUUUUUAUAAUAAAUAUUAAAUAUUUAAAAACCGGAAA